GGGCAUACAUGUAAUUUGGUAAAUUUGAAAACCCUCCAUUACAAUUCAAAAAAACUUGCAUUCCAUUGCACUUAGAGAGAUCCAACACCAAAUAUGGAGAAGAUCUGUGUAGCAGUAAGAGUUAGACCUCCAGUUUCCGAUGAUGUUUCAUUCAAUGGAACCUUCUGGAAUGUUGACGACAAUCGUAUCUCUCUUCACAAGUCUACCGGCACUCCCCUUUCUGGCGUCUCCUUCACCUUUGAUCAUGUGUUUGAUCAAUCUUGCCCUAAUUCUAGGGUUUAUGACCUUCUUACUAAGGACAUUAUUUAUGCUGCUGUUGAAGGAUUUAACGGAACGGUGUUUGCUUAUGGGCAAACCAGUAGUGGAAAGACAUUUACUAUGAAUGGUUCGGAAAAAGAUCUGGGUAUUAUUCACCGGGCUGUCAAAGAUGUUUUUGACAUGAUACAAAAGACUAACGAUAGGGAAUUUCUGAUUCGAGUUUCGUACAUGGAAAUUUAUAAUGAAGAAAUUAAUGAUCUUUUAAUGGUAACCAACCAGAAGCUGCCCAUCCAUGAGAGUUUGGAGCGUGGUGUUUUUGUUGCUGGCCUAAGAGAGGAAAUUGUGAGCAAUGCUGAACAUGUACAUAAGCUUCUUGAAGCUGGAGAAGUCAAUAGACACUUUGGUGAAACAAAUAUGAAUGUAAGAAGUAGCAGAUCGCACACAAUCUUUAGAAUGGUCAUAGAGAGCAAGAUUAAGGAGAUGGAUGGUUCUUGUUCAGAUGCUAUUCGUGUUUCUGUUUUGAAUUUGGUUGAUUUGGCUGGAUCUGAGAGAAUUGCUAAGACCGGAGCAGAUGGAGUUAGAUUAAAGGAAGGAAAACACAUCAACAAGAGCUUGAUGGUUCUUGGUAAUGUGAUCAACAAACUCAGUGAAGGAGCAAAGCAAAGGGGACAUAUUCCAUAUCGUGACAGUAAGCUGACUCGAAUACUCCAAUCUUCACUUGGUGGCAAUGCUAAAACUUCAAUUAUCUGUACACUAUCACCUGAGGAGGUUCAUGUGGAAGAAACCAGAGGAACUCUUCAGUUUGCCAACAGAGCCAAACGUGUUACAAAUUGUGCUCAAGUGAAUGAGAUCUUAAGUGACGCGGCCUUGCUGAAACAACAAAAGCUAGAGAUAGAGGAAUUACGUCAAAAACUUCAGGGAUCUCGGGCCGAAAAUUUAGAGCAGGAAAUCUUGAAAUUGCGGAAUGACUUGUUUAAGUAUGAACUAGAACAUGAAAAGCUUGCCACGGAACUUGAAGAGGAGAGGAAGUUGCAUAGACGAAGAGAUAUCCACAUCAAAGAGCAGCAGCUUAAAAUUGAUAACCUCAGUAAUAUGGUGUCUUUUUCAGACAGUGAUCAAAAAAGCCAUACACAGGAACUAGGUUUCUCUGGGCAAGGAAUGGGGGUGAGGAGCUGUAACAACCAGCGUACAUGGCAGGAAGAACCUUUUAGCACUCCUAGCUUAAAAACAGCUCCCAAUUCGUUUGUUGCUAGACGAUCAAACUAUGCAAAACUAUCCGAUUCUGAUUCUAGCCCCUUGCCUGAUGCGUUCAACAACGUGGUUGAUGAAGAUGCUUGGAUGAAGUUGAAUAAAGGAUAUGUAGCUGAUCUUGAUUCAAUCCAAAUGACUCCUGCGCUUAAUGUUCGAUGCUUGUCAUCUGAUGGUUUUAGUCCAGCAUUCUCUAAAAGUAAUUAUGAGCUGAAGAUUCAGAACCUCAAGACACAAAUGGACAUCACAAUUAAAGAGAAAGACGAGUUAGAGAAAAGUAACCGAGAGUUGGUCUUGUUGAAUAAUAAAUUAACCAAAGAGAUCACAGAACUUAAGGAAGAGGCCAAACUGACUCGAGAAAUUCCCCAAAUGUUAUGUCAAUCAGUAACAACUUGCAAGGACAUAUAUCAAGAUGUCUUAUCUGUUAUGCAGAGUUCUGUUGAGGAUGAAAAAUCUUUUGCGAAAAACUUGUUGACCAGCAUGGUUGAGAUUGGCGAAAAUCUUUUCUCAACUUUGGAAACCCAUUGCAGAACAGCUGUAGAUGGUCGUAGAGCUUUCAGUCAGGAUACCUCUUUAGUGCAACAGCAGUGCAAAAUUCUUUGUGACCGAUUGAACAAUACAGUUGCAUUGUUGGCAUCAUCAGAUGCACAAACUACAAUGGAGAAAGGAUUGAAAACUACUUUGAGUGGCUCUGAUUAUAAGGGCAUCGACUUUAGGGAAGAUCCUGCUUGUUGGAAGGAGAAUUUGAGCAGUGAACUCAGCACAUUCAAAGACAAAUACAUAAAACAUGAGAAGGCUGCUGAGAAUAACCAGGCAUUGGAAGAGUUGAACUCUAGGUACCUUGACUUGGAACGAGCGUUCCAUGUUCUCGAGCAAGAAAGAGAUUCCUUGCUUGACAAUAUAACCAAAUCAGGUGAAAAGCUGACAUUAGUUUCAGAAGAAAGACAAAUGUUAUUGGAGAGGUACAAGUCUGAGAUACAGAAAAGGAAAGAGCUUGAGCUAGAGAUCAAACAGUUCAGCACGGAAUUUGCCUGUCGACAAAGGUCUUUAGCAUCCUUUCAUAGUGAUUUCAAAUCUAGAAUUAAGGAUCUCAAAACCCAAAAUCCUGUAGUGGUGAUCAAUUCUCUUGGGUUUUAGAAUUGUCAACAGCUUCUCGACAGUUCGAUGCAAAUGUGCAGCGAUUCUGCACUAAUUUAUCAUGAUUUUGCUUUGAGGUAGAAUUGGAUUCAUCAGAUUUGUAAAUUACUAAACGGAUGUGUCUUUGGUCCUGGGAGAGUGUAUUCUUUGGAUGGCCGAUGCUCAUCGGACAUUUGAGCUAUGAAUUUAAAUGAUGUAUCUGUAAGGUCUGGUAUGUUGGGCUCUGACUCUGUCUGUGGUUUUGGAGAGUUGAAGUAUGGAGUCUUAACUCUUCAGGAAACUUGGGCAUGUUUUCGGGGAGUUGAAUAUUUGCUAGGCGCGGUCUUACUCUUGUACAAGCGAAGGUGGUUUGCAUUGACCUCUAAUAUCAAAUAUUAUUUACAAAUUAAUUAGUCUAAAUUUUACUCUA